GAAUUUAGAAGCUCCUGAAACACCAGUGUAUUCUGUGAAGGGUCAUAAAGAGAUCAUAAACAGUAUAGAUGGUGUAGGUGGCUUAGGAAUUGGGGAAGGUGCACCAGAAAUUGUGACUGGCAGUCGAGAUGGAACGGUGAAGGUUUGGGACCCAAGACAGAAGGACACUCCCGUCGCUAAUAUGGAGCCUGUGCAGGGGGAGAGCAAGAGAGACUGCUGGACAGUAGCGUUUGGCAAUGCUUACAAUCAAGAGGAACGUGUUGUGUGUGCUGGGUACGACAAUGGGGACAUCAAGCUGUUUGACUUAAAAACCAUGUCGCUACGAUGGGAGACCAACAUCAAGAAUGGGGUUUGCAGCGUGGAGUUUGACAGAAAAGAUGUAAAUAUGAACAAGCUAGUGGCCACAUCGCUUGAGGGAAAAUUUCACGUUUUCGAUAUGAGAACUCAGCAUCCAACCAAAGGCUUUGCUUCUGUCUCGGAGAAGGCGCAGAAGUCUACCCUGUGGCAGGUCCGGCACCUACCGCAGAACAGGGAUAUAUUUAUGACCAGUGGAGGAGCUGGGAGCCUUCAUCUCUGGAAAUACGAAUACCCGGCUCAGCGCUCGAAGAAGGAUUCGGAAGGGGCCGAGAUGGGGGUGGCAGGCUCUGUCAGCCUCUUGCAGAACGUGACCCUCUCGACGCAGCCGAUUUCUAGCCUUGACUGGAGCCCUGACAAAAAGGGACUGUGUGUCUGUGGUGCCUUUGACCAGACUGUGAGGGUGCUGAUAGUUACGAAGCUUAACAAAGUUUGA